AUGAGUUCACUGGGAAGAUCACCAUCAUCAGCAAAAGACCUUGCUGGAACACUAUCAACUCCAGAAGAAAUUGAAUUACGAGAAGUGAAUCAACCAUUGUUACCUACAAAUAAUGACAUUCCAAGUCCGACUGAACAAAAUGAUGAAACAACGCCAUUUUCAUUAAAUUCGGAUGAUAAUGAAAAUGGACAACCAACUAUUGAGUUUCGUCCAGCAAGAGAAAAUGAAACUGAUAUUCGACAACGUCAUCGUCAUUCUACUUCAUCGAAUCGAUCGCCUACACGUCGAAAUGGUGGUUUACGACAAAUAGCACGCGACUUCUGGGCUGAUUUAAUGCCAGCUGAUAAUCGUAAUGCAAGAAUAUUACCAGUAUUAAUUUUUAUUAUUUUUAUUGUAAUUAUUCUUCUUACAAUUAUAUUCGUAGCACUUGGUUAUACAAGUAUUGAUUAUGAUGAAUUUGGUGUAACACAUAAUUUAUGGACAGGUAUUAUGGAUUUAAAACAUCCAUAUUUAACUGGGGUUUAUUUAAUAUUACCAUGGAAGAGAAUGAUUAAAUUCGAUAAAACAGCUCGAUAUCUCAAUUUUGAUUCUCUGACAAUUUUUACAACUGAUCAAGCUAGUGUUAUUUUAGAUGCUACAAUUGUCUAUCGAAUAAGACCCGAUCAAAUAGAACCAAUCUGGUUAAAUUUUGCUAAUGCACAUGAAAGUAUUCUUCGUCUUGUUGCUGAAAAUAUUUUUCGUAAUCAUGGUAAUCAAUUUUCUAUUUAUGAUUAUCGUGCACGUCGAGAACAUGUUGAAUAUAAUUUAUCACGUAUAUUACAACAAACAUUAUCAGGUGAUUGUUGUCCAAUAUGUUGUCAACAUCAUACAUGUUCAAAAACAAUUGAAUAUUCAUGUAAAAAAUUAAUUCAUUGUAAUAAUACAUCAAUUACAUGUUCACAUGGCUAUUUUGUUGAUAUUGAUGCUGUUUAUAUAUUUAAAGUUGCAUUACCACAACAAGUAAUAAAACGUCUUCAUAUAUUAAUGCUUAAACCAAUUUAUACUGAAAUAGCUGAAAGUCAAGAAAAUACUUCAUUAAUUUGGAUUGAAACAGAACGACAACGAAAUGUUUUUUUAAAUAAAGCACGUGAAACAUUAAUGAAUGCAUUAGCUAAAUAUGAAUUAAUACGUGAAAAAGCACGAAUUAUUUAUGAAAGUCGUUUACUUAAACAAUUAAGUUCAUCUGAAGGAAAUUUAUUUCGUCGAUUAAAUAUUCAAACAACAACGGAUAAAUUAUCAACGUCAUUUUUACUUGAAAUGAAUCAUUUAGCUAAUUUAACAAAAACAGUUGAUAUUGAUAGUUUAGUUACACAAUGUGAUCAAACUGAAAAAACAAAACCAACAAAUGAUUUAUUUGACUUUGUUCCUUCAUUGAAUGUUUUUGAUAUGACUGAAUUUAUUUCUAUACUUGAUAAUUAA